AUGACACUUGACUCCCGCUCCGCGCACAUUAUCUGGAUCUUCCGCUCCCCAAGCAAACACAUACCCGAAUAUGUGGAGGUGGUCCAGCUGUGGGUUGCUGUGCUGGAGGACAAGGUGCACAAGACCGGCAACGAGCGGCAUCUUAUCCUGGAGCAGGUGAUCAUCGCGGCAUUGGAUACGGCUCGCUUUGACAUAGCUACCGAGUGCACCAAGCAGCUGGCCCUCGAGUUCCCAGGCAGCCUGCGCGUGAUGAAGUUCAAAGCGAUGCGCUACGAGGCUCUGGAGCAGUACGAUGAGGCUGACGAGGUCCUGGACGCAAUCAUUGCUAAGGACGAAACAAAUGCCGCGCCCAGGAAGCGCAAGAUUGCCAUCCUCAAGGCCCGUGGUCGUCGCCUGGAGGCCAUCAAGGAGCUCAACGAGUAUCUGAAGAAGUAA